GUUAGGCUGUUUCUUCACCUGGACUAUAAUUCACUCUACCUGCAUUUAUGACACCAUUGCCCUCUCUGCUGUGUUAUUCCCUGGGGGUAUUUUGACGUCAUGCAACCUAACUGCCUGUAACCCCCUCUCUUUCACUCCUCUUUCACUCCUCCUUUACAGACCUCCACUCACCCCCCACCAUCAGUUACUUUAGUCCCGGCUCCUCCUGUCGUCUAAUACUCUGUUUUCCACUUGGCAGAGUUUCAGUGGUCUCUCCCUCCUGUGAAGUGCCAUCUUAGUCCUCACGUUUUAUCUCUCCGUCUCCCCUGUGCUUCUCUUGUGGUACCCCUCUUUGUGUCUCCAUUCCUCUGCCUCUUAUCCCCACGUUUGCUGUGCAGUUCUUGCAUUCUGUGAUUUAUUUAUUCAUCUGUUCCUUCGUUGUUACACUCUGUCCUUGCCUUUCACCUUCCUCCCUCCCUCCUUCUCUCUAUCACAAGGUCACCAAACAAGGAUUUUCCUGAAUAAUUUGCACCUUCUGAGGGGAGAAAAUGCCCUCUCAUGGCUUCCAGCCCAUUGAGGGAGGUCAGAAAGUUAUCCGACAUAGGGUGACUAAAACCCUUGUCCUGUCCGUAUUCACUGCCAUUCUGAGCUCACUUCAGUUUGGAUACAACAUCGGUGUCAUCAACGCUCCCCAAAAGAUCAUUGAGCAGAGCUAUAAUGAAUCCUGGAUUAGUCGAAGUGAACCGGGCUCCCCUCCAAUAGACCCUGCUCUCCUGAGAACAUUGUGGUCUCUCUCUGUUGCCAUUUUCUCCAUUGGGGGAAUGGUGUCAUCACUCAGUGUGGGAGUCAUAUCCCAGUGGCUAGGGAGGAAACGAGCUAUGGUUAUUAAUAAUAUCUUCGCGUUCCUCGGAGGAAGUCUCAUGGGUCUGUCCCAAAUUAGCCAAUCAUAUGAGAUGAUGAUCGUGGGACGGUUUCUGAUUGGCGCGUAUUCAGGUCUGGCUUCUGGGUUGGUCCCAAUGUAUGUUGGAGAGAUUGCACCGACCCACCUGCGGGGGGCGCUGGGUACCCUGCACCAGCUGGCCAUUGUUAUUGGAAUCCUUGUAGCUCAGGUACUAGGCCUAGAUAUGUUUCUGGGGACCAAGUCUCGUUGGUCUGUCCUUUUCUGGGUGACCCUCAUUCCUGCUGCUGUUCAGUCUCUGCUGCUCCCGUUCUGUCCUGAGAGUCCUCGUUUCCUGUAUAUUAUAUGUGAGCAAGAAGCUCAAGCCAAGAAAAGUCUCCGUCGUAUCACUGGCCUACUCGAUGUCUCUGAUGAUCUGUCUGAAAUGAAAGAGGAGAAGAGGCAAAUGGACUCUGAGCCCAAGGUUUCUAUUUUCCAGAUCUUCAGGUCCCGCACUUAUAGACAGCCCAUUCUGGUGGCCAUCAUCCUGCAAUUAUCUCAGCAACUGUCUGGCAUCAAUGCGAUUUUCUAUUACUCCACCGAUAUAUUCUCCAAGGCCGGCGUGGAGCAGCCGAUUUAUGCUACAAUUGGUGCAGGGAUUGUAAACACAGCAUUUACUGUUGUAUCGCUGUUUCUCGUGGAGAGGACUGGACGGCGCACGCUGCACCUCUUGGGAUUGGCUGGGAUGAUAAUAUGUACUUUGUUAAUGACAGUGGCGAUGGCAUUACAGGACACGAUACCAUCCAUCAGCUCGCUCAGCAUGCUAGCAAUUUUUGGCUUUGUUGCAUUUUUUGAAAUUGGCCCUGGUCCCAUCCCGUGGUUCAUUGUGGCAGAAUUGUUCAGUCAGGGUCCACGUCCAGCAGCUAUGGCUAUCGCUGGUUGUACCAACUGGACAUCUAAUUUCAUAAUCGGCAUGUUUUUUCCCUAUGUGGCGGAUUUAUGUGGACCCUAUGUUUUCCUCCUCUUUGCCUUCCUGCUCCUGGGUUUUCUGAUAUUUACCUAUUUCCGAGUACCUGAAACCAGGGGGAAAUCAUUUGAUGAAAUUGCCCAUGCUUUCCGAGGGAGGAACCUGUCACUCUUGGAUAUGGAAGUGAAAGCAAGUACUGAGCUGGACAGUUUGGGAGGUGGUGGAGCCGAUGAGGAGGAGUGAGCAGCCAGCAUUUGGACCCCUAGAGAUCAUGUCAUUCUAUACAUUCAUGGAUCCCAGCCCUCAGCUGCUGCUCAC